CUCCAGCUAAGAGAAAAGAGAGAGGAAGAUUGCAUUUGCAAUUGCAUAUACAUGUAAGACGUAUGUGAUCGGACAUGCGCGUGCGCGGCAUCUGCUCGGAGAGGGAGAAUGGCGCCCCUGCUGUUGUACUUGACGUGGAUGCUGUACGGCGUGGCAGGGACGGUGCUGGCGGUGAUGGCAUUGCUGGUGGCGUUCCAAGAUAGGUUUGUCUAUGAGCCGGUGUUGCCUGGCGUCCCCAAGUCCUAUCACAUUACGCCUGCUCGCCUCCGCCUCCUCUACGAAGACGUCUGGCUCAGAUCUUCCGACGGCGUCCACCUCCAUGCCUGGUUCAUCAAGUUUUUUCCUCACCGCCGAGGCCCAACCGUGCUCUUUUUUCAGGAAAAUGCAGGAAAUAUUGCCCACCGUCUUGAAAUGAUUCGCAAAUUGUUACGAAAGUUGCACUGUAAUGUUUUUAUGCUUUCAUACCGAGGCUAUGGUGCCAGUGAUGGAUACCCUUCUCAGCAUGGAAUUACAAAGGAUGCUCAAGCAGCAAUAGAUCAUCUGAUUCAGAGGACAGAUAUUGACACGUCUAGAAUAGUAGUUUUUGGAAGAUCACUAGGAGGAGCAGUUGGUGCUGUACUUGCCAAAAAUAAUCCUGAUAAGGUCUCAGCACUGAUUUUGGAGAAUACUUUUACCUCUAUCCUUGACAUGGCCGGAAUUCUUGUGCCCUUCUUGAAGUGGUUUAUUGGAGGAAGUGAUUCAAAGGGACUCAAACUUCUUAAUUUUCUGGUUAGAUCUCCAUGGAAUACCAUUGAUGUUGUUGGCCAGAUCAAACAACCAAUCCUUUUCCUCUCUGGUUUACAAGAUGAAUUGGUUCCCCCAUCCCACAUGGAGAUGCUAUAUGCCAGGGCAGCUGCAUGCAAUAGGCAAUGCUUAUUUGUGAAGUUUCCGACCGGAAUGCACAUGGAUACAUGGUUGGCUGGUGGUGAUAAAUAUUGGAGAACAAUUCAGCAGUUUAUGGAACAAACUGUUUCGGAUAAGAAGGAUGAUGAACUACAAGGGGAAGAGUACCACAAGAGCAACGUGAUGAAAUGUUGUUCUGUGUGAUUGCGACCACGGACCACGGAGCUCUCAACUUUUUUUGCCCCGGAAACAUUCAGUGCAAAUUUCCAGUGGCGGCAAGAUGUGGAUUGUCCAAUGUUAAAAUAUAUGAUACCAUUUCCAUAUCUUUCUUAAUUUACUGUUAUAGUUAUACAAUAUACAUGUAAUGAUAGAUAGCAUAGGGGAAUUCAGUCUGAACAUCAACAUCCCUCUCAUUUUUAGCCUAAAAUAGAAAGCAUUGGUGAGAUCCAGUCGCCUGUGUUGAAUUGAAUGUAUCUUAAGCCAUCAAUAUGGCUUAACAGUAUAUUCAUGAACCAUAAUUUUGGAAUUAAUUGAAUAUUUAUAAUGUUUCCAAUUGUA